GGCUCCAGAGCUCCCGGCAGAGGAGCCUUGGGCAAACCAAACAUGCUGGUCCGCUGGCCACCCCGGGAGCCAGGCACUGCCCGGGGUGUCUGUGCCCACAGGGAAGGCUCUUAGCCCAAGGAGUCUGCCAAGAGAAAGAGAUGGAAAGCCAAGGGAAAGGCAGCCCUGCCGGGAAGAUGACUGCCAUGGCUCACAGCCUGUCCCAAUUAAUGGAUUCUGACAUGGAUUAUGAGAGGCCAAACGUAGAAACUAUCAAGUGCGUCGUGGUCGGGGACAACGCGGUGGGCAAGACCCGGCUCAUCUGCGCCCGCGCCUGCAACGCCACGCUGACCCAGUACCAGCUCCUCGCCACCCACGUGCCCACGGUGUGGGCCAUCGACCAGUACCGCGUCUGCCAGGAGGUGCUGGAGCGCUCCCGGGAUGUGGUAGACGAUGUCAGCGUGUCCUUGCGGCUCUGGGACACCUUUGGUGACCACCACAAGGACAGGCGCUUUGCCUACGGCAGGUCCGACGUCGUGGUUCUGUGCUUCUCCAUCGCCAACCCCAACUCCCUGCACCACGUGAAGACCAUGUGGUACCCGGAGAUCAAGCACUUCUGCCCCCGCGCGCCCGUCAUCCUGGUGGGCUGCCAGCUCGACCUGCGCUACGCCGACCUGGAGGCCGUCAACCGGGCACGGCGGCCCUUGGCCAGGCCGAUCAAACCUAACGAGAUCCUACCCCCGGAGAAGGGGAGGGAGGUCGCCAAGGAGCUGGGGAUCCCCUACUACGAGACGAGCGUGGUGGCCCAGUUUGGCGUCAAGGACGUCUUUGACAACGCCAUCCGCGCCGCCCUCAUCUCCCGCCGCCACCUGCAGUUCUGGAAGUCCCACCUCCGCAACGUGCAGAGGCCUCUUCUCCAAGCCCCCUUCCUGCCCCCCAAGCCCCCCCCGCCCAUCAUCAUCGUCCCGGACCCCCCUUCCAACAACGAGGAGCGUCCAGCCCACCUCUUAGAGGACCCCCUGUGCGCGGACGUCAUCCUGGUGCUGCAAGAGAAGAUCAAAAUCUACGCACACAAGAUCUACCUCUCCACCUCCUCCUCCAAGUUCUACGACCUGUUCCUCAUGGACCUGAGCGAGGAGGACCAGCAGGGCGCCGCGGGGCACGGCUUCGGGGUGGCCGUCACCGCGGCCGCCGAGCGGAUGCUGCACCAGGAGGAGAGGCACCACGGGCGGGAUUUCCUCCUCAGGGCCGCCAGCUUCGACAUCUGCGAGAGCACCGAGGAGGCUGGAUCCGGCCAGCGCAAACCGUGCCUUAGAGCCUCCACCAGUGACGGGAUCCUGCGGGGCAAUCGCUACGAGAACGGGGAGCGCGGGCUGCGGCGGGGCAGGAACCUCUCCUCGUGGAGCCGGGCUUUCACCAGCAUCCAGGAGGAGAUGGCCGAAGACCCGCUGACCUACAAGUCCAAGCUGAUGGUGGUGGUGAAGAUGGACGCUUCCAUCCAGCCGGGUCCCUUCCGGGCCGUGCUGAAGUACCUGUACACGGGGGAGCUGGAUGAGAACGAGCGGGACCUCAUGCACAUCGCUCACAUCGCCGAGCUGCUGGAGGUCUUCGACCUCCGGAUGAUGGUGGCCAACAUCCUCAACAACGAGGCGUUCAUGAACCAGGAGAUCACCAAAGCCUUCCACGUCCGGAGGACCAACCGGGUGAAGGAAUGCCUGGCCAAGGGGACUUUCUCGGAUGUCACCUUCGUGCUGGAUGACGGUGCUAUCAGUGCCCACAAGCCCCUGCUCAUCUCCAGCUGCGACUGGAUGGCCGCGAUGUUCGGUGGCCCCUUCGUGGAGAGCUCCACCAACGAGGUGGCACUUCCUCACACCAGCAAGAGCUGCAUGCGGGCGGUGCUGGAGUACCUGUACACGGGGCAGUUCAGCUCCAGCCCCGACCUCGACGACAUGAAGCUCAUCAUCCUCGCCAACCGCCUCUGCCUGCGCACCUGGUGGGCUCUCACAAUGGUGAGUCACCCGGGGGGCUGCAGCGGGGCUGUCCCCAAGCUGGGUGGGUGUCCCCCGCCCGGCCUCCCGCGUGACCCCCUGUGUCCCCCAAGAGCAGUACACGGUCACCGCUUGAUGGAGGCGGCCCCAAGAGACAUCGAUGGGGACGUGCUCGUGUUCCUGGAGCUGGCUCAGUUCCACUGCGCCUACCAGCUCGCCGACUGGUGCCUCCAUCACAUCUGCACCAACUACAACAACGUCUGCCGCAAGUUCCCCCGGGACAUGAAGGCCAUGUCGGGAGAGAACCAGGAGUACUUCGAGAAGCACCGCUGGCCGCCGGUGUGGUACCUGAAGGAGGAGGAUCACUACCAGCGGGCGAAGAAGGAGCGGGAGAAGGAAGACUACCUCCACCUCAAACGGCAGCCCAAGAGGCGGUGGCUCUUCUGGAACGCCUCCUCCUCCCCUUCUUCCUCUCCUUCAUCGUCAGCAGCCACAGCCUCCUCUUCGUCCUCCUCCUCCUCCUCCUCGGCUGUGGUCUGAAAGCCCGUCCUUGCCCUGGCUCCAGCAUCCCUGGGAGGAGACGGGGAGGAGGAGGAGGAGGAGGAGGAGGAAGCAGGGGGUGACCUGCCCCAGCGCCAGGCGUGCAGCGGACGCCACGGGCCGAAGCCCCAGAGGAGAUGGUGGCCACGGGGGUCUGUCCCUGUGGUGGGGGGCUCAGGGCCAGCCCCUGGUGCUCCUGCAGCCCUGCUCUCCCCGCGCCACGGUGCCAGCACUGCAGGACUGGCAGAGCCCGAGCAGCAGGAGAAACUCAUGUUUACAGGAGCACGAGGGCUGUGUUGUGGUUUUAUUUUGGAUUUGAUUUUUUGGGGUUUUUUUUGGUACGUUUGUUUGUUUGGAACAUCAGCAGCAUGAGGAAGAAGAAGAAGGAGAAGAAGAAACGCAUCCCGCUUCCACUUUGAUUUGUAACCAGAAGCUGUGGGAUAUGGUUCGUGUGUCUGAUGGCACCUGGAGCCACUGUGGGGGUCCUGCCACCCCCUUUGACUCACAGCAGGGUCAGGCACAGUGCAGGGGACCCUGGUCCCCAAAUGCCUCCAGGCACUGCAGCGAAUUCCCCUACCAGUGGGGUCUGUCCCUAAUUCAGGGCGUGGAGGGGACCGGAGUCCUCUCCUCCCCAUUCUUAACUUUUUGUUUAAAAAGAAAACUUAAAGCAAAAAAACCCAACCCCGAUCCCAAACCCACUCCCCCAACCUGCCACACCAGAAACCAACCCCAGGCCCUUGGCUUGGGCUUUUAGCCUGGAAGGCUCCAUUGUAAUAAAUGGUAUUUUCAAAGCCCAGCGUGGUCCCUGUGUGUUUGGGAGGGAGCGCCUGGACACAGCACAUCCUUGUGCCCUGCUUGGGGGGACACCAUCACCCCCCUUCCAGGGCUCCCAGGAUGGACAGGGACAGGGAAGCACUGCAGGAUCCAUCCAUCCAUCCAUCAAAACCCCUUGUACAAGGAGAGGUGGCUUUCCCGUCAGACUAACUCUGCAUGUCCCACCUGUGUCCCUGCAGGUCCACAGCCCCAGGGCUCUGCAGGGCUGCCAGGCAGGCCAGGAAGGACCCAAACCUCCGCUCGCCCUCCCCAGCUGGGAUGGGGAAGAGCCCAUCCCUGGCAGAGGCUGCGGCCGGAGGGAGCACACGGGGAUGCUCCCGGUGCAUCCCCUCCCACUCCACCUUGCUCCUCUUCCCAGCUGGCCUCGCAGAGCACCUUGGAGCCUCUCAUUCCGCAUGCUCGCCCUCGGCCACGGAUGCAGGAGCGAGGUGGCAGCUCCAGCGAGCUCACCCUGGGUGUUCUCCCCCUCUGCAGCCCCAACGAGCAGGUAGGACCACGAGUUUCUUUCCCUUUCUUCUGCGGGCGCUCCCCGGUCCCGUGUGCCUCCCCCAGGCCAGGCCCUGAGCCCCCGUGUCCCAGCCCUCCAUCCUGCACGUGCCUGGCUCUGCAGGAGCUCCCUGCCCAGGUUUGCAUGCUCGGGAGGCACGAGGGGCUGCCCGGGACAGGACCUUUUGGUCCUGGUAGGGCCCCCCCCAGAGCUCCUGCUUUUCGCACCCGCCCCAGCGCUACCGAUAAACCCCAACUGCAGUGCGGGGGCUGGUGGGCAGCCCCAGGGGCUUUCUGGGGGCCAGCAGAGCCCCUCUUCUCACUUAAGCACUGCAUGGAUUUGCCACACAGCUACUGCAGCACACAGAGCCCUGGCUGGGUGGAGCUGGAGCAGCUCCGGCCCCGGGUCAGCGUCGCGUGGUCCCCCCCUUGGCCCCGGGGUCCCACCCCCUGCUCGAGGGACAGAUUUCACCCUCCUGUUCUUGCAGGGAGCAGAGAGCACAGGACUCAUGGUGUAGGGGUUAAGGCAGAGGCCAGGUUGGCUGCUGAGGGCUUUUUCCCCCGGCAGAAGCAUCGCUGGUGGGGACCGUUCCCAGUGGGAUGCACGAAUUCCAUGGGCUGGGUCCUUGGCACCACGGGGAGCAGCUGCUGAGCAUCUGGUCCAGCUCCUUUGGUGCCCACUGAAACCCUGGCAGAGCACGGGGUGUGUGUGUGGGGGGAAAUAAAACCAGACAAGAAAUCAGGAGGAUUUUUUUUUUUUUUAAAAAGUUAAUUCUUCCUUCAUAAAGAGAAAUGUAAAAACUGGAAAAUAAAGCAAACUGGCUGGGCCAGAGCUCUGUAUAAAACACACACAACCAUGCAUACCAAAAUACCAAUAUUUUUAUAUUAACUUUUAAGUUAACAUAUGUAAACAAUUGCUAAAUAAAUACAUAA